CUCAGAAACAUGCACGCUCCCACACGCAGACCCACAUUCACAUUUUGCCCGAUGCCCUGACAUCUCACAGAACAACAGGAUGUGGACGUUUCUGGUGCUUGGCAAGGAGUCCCAAGCUUGUCUCUGCUCAGUCAUUUAUUCUGGAGUCAGAGAGGAACCCUUACAUAUAGAUUCUACUUUCUGCUCUCUCAUAAUCUGCCUGUAACUGUCCCUAGUACUAGUCCAUUCUAAUUGCUUUAUUUCCUCUUAAUCAGAGAUUUCACUCAUUCUAUUUUCUCUGUUCCUAUUAUUUCCCUUUUUAAACCAGGCUUCAACUCUGUAUUUACUCUCUGGCUCUUUUUCGGUUAGAAAUUUCUUUCUUUGUCAUAUAAAUGGACCAGGGAAAGGGACACAUGUGCUUCCUCCCAAAAUAUGAUGGAGACACAAUAAGAACUGACUGGGGAUGGAUAUGAAUCGAAUCUACCUUCUGAUAAUUCUUAUGCUGAGCCCUGAAAUGAGUCCAAUGAAAAUUUGUGAUCUUCGUCUCAUAAAUCUAUAUGUGAAUCGGGUCCGGGUUCUGGAGAGGAAAGCGGCACAAUGCACAGAUCGGCCACUACUGUUGGUUCCAAUCAUUGUUCCAAAUGUUGAGGUCAGACUUGCAGACUGGCAAAACAUGACGGAAUUACAUCAAGGGAAUGAAAUUCUCUUACACCUAAAGUUGCUGUUGAAUGCAACAGAAAAUGUGAAAACCCCAGAGUGUUUAUACCAACAGCUAAUAAAAAUCACUCACAAUAUCAAAGAAACUUCUGGCCUCAUUAAUAAGGCCCUAGAGCGUGUAAGCAAUAGUUCAGUCUCAGUGGAAUUAUCUCUCCUCCCAUCAGAUGGUCGGCAUAUCAGUACCUCAGACAGCACUGAGAUUUUUAACAGAUUCCUUAAACUACUUCUUGGGAAAAUGUCUCUUUUUCUUCAUCGCCUGAAAGAAAGCCCCUGCAGAUGACACUCUUGGAUUGACCACACAACCUCACUAAAAUAUGUGGACUACACUGUACCUUACCAGACUAUUUCAGAUAUCUACUAAGCCUGCUCACCUACAGCAGUGCCCUAAUUCCAAAAACAUUUGCUUCCGUGGAGUAAACAAAAAUGUACAUUUUUAAUUUACUGAGUCAAUAUCUUAAAUUGUUCUAUUCCAUCCAUUUCUGUGCAAUGGACAGAUACAACAUUUCCACAGCUCCAUGAAGGCGUUUAUAUCUCAGAAAGCUGCUUUCACUAUAAACUAUGUACAUUAUAGGAUGCUGAACUAUAUACAUCUAUAUUUAUACACACACACACAUUUGUAAUAAAUGUGUAAAUCUUG